GCUCUUCAGAUGUUUCGUAAUGGUUCAACGAAAGUUACUGAAUUUUCGUAUCAUUGUUAUUUUUUGUUGCUAAACAUAUUAGGCGUAGCAGGUUGAAAUCAUCAACCAUGCGAAAACGAUAUACCAUUAUUAUAUACACAUGAUAUACACAUGAUUUAAUUUUGUGUCUGGGCACGUGAGUUGCAUUAGAAGGCAACUCGAUCCGCUUUACUUUCUCAAGUGCCCAUGGUCUAUUAAUUAUUAAUACAAUACAGUUUAUGCCGAUUCAUAAUAACGCCGCCAUGUGAUUCCCCAAUUUUCCUAUGCUGGCUCGAGGCAUAUAUCUAUUGUAGGAACGGAACUGCGCCGUAAUCCGAGAGCUAACCUCAUAGAGGUUAGUCUUUAAAACCGAUUCGAUACUUUAUUUUCUCCAGCACCGAUCUCAAAACUUCUUUGGCCUUCAACAUUUACAAGAGUUCCUUUUAUAGACAUUUUUGCUUCACAUUAUUGCGGGAGAACUUUACCUUGUACACGCAAAUUUUAUAUAAUAUGUGAUAAAUGAUUUUUGUUUUUAGAACCUGUCCAAACUGCAAUCUUAAAAUUAUUAAGGAAGACGGAUCUAACAAAAUGACAUGCAUGUGCGGAAAUAUGAUGUGCUACGUAUGCAAGGCAAGCGUACAGGACUACACCCAUUUCAAUGGACAAGGAGGAAGCAACUUUAAUUUGUGUCCUCUGUACAACAAUACAAGAGAAAUGCACGCAGCGAAUGUUCGUCAAAGAGCGAGGGAUGUAAUGAAUGAAGUCGGCGGUAAUUUAAAAAUUGAUCCAACUGCCGACAUCGAUGAUUUCUUGUGAUCAGAAAAAAUAUAUAUAUUUAAAAAUGUACUCGUAAAUUUAAGAACCAAUAGCAGUUUGGCCAGUUCCUGAAACUGGCGCAAGUUUAGAUUUAAUUUUUUUUCUUUGACAAUUUUGAAUUUGUGGAGCGAAAGUUAAGAGAUUUGCCACGAGUGUUUCAUACCCUUAUCACCGCUCUAUACGAUGUAUUCCUCUUUUUAAAUGUAUCUCGGAAUUAUUAUUUACCUGUAGUAUAUUUGUUUUUUUUUAU